UCGAGACCUGCGAAAACGCCUCUUUCCCUCCCUGCCUCUCUAAUUCGUCCUGUCCCUCCCUCUUUCGCUCUGCUUCUCUUGCUCACACUCGCUUUCGCAGCUCUUACAAUCUCGAGCACCAUCUCCCUUGUCAGGGAAAAGAAGCAACGGGGCGGUGGCGGUGUUGGAUUCAUUUGCUGGUUGUGCCCCCUGUAACCUCAAUGGUCCACAUCUGGACGAGUGAUUGACAGUCAGAUCUGGCAAGUGAGCAGUUACCAUGACAACAGAGACUGGCCCAGAGUCAGAGGUUAAGAACACAGCUGAAGAGCCCCCCCAGCAGAGGGGGGCCACCCCCGGGGUGCAGGACUCUGCGGCUGACGGCAAGAUGGCCAAGCAGGACCAGGACACCAAACUGCUAGAUGACCACGCGAACAUGGACGACGUUUCGGACAAAACCACACCCAGCAAGAUCCCCAAAUCCCCCCAAAAAACGUCCAAACGGCCAAAGACUGUCCCUUUUAAGGUGACACUGCUGGACACCUCGGAGUACGAGGGUGGCAUUGAGAAACAUUCUCGAGGGCAGACUCUCCUGGACAUGGUGUGUGAACACCUCAACCUGCUGGAGAAGGACUACUUUGGCCUGACAUUCUGUGAUGCGGACAGCCAGAAGAAUUGGCUGGACCCCUCCAAGGAGAUCAAAAAACAGAUGCGCACUGCCGCGUGGCACUUCGCCUUCGCCGUCAAGUUCUACCCGCCCGACCCCUCCCAGCUCACUGAGGACAUCACCAGGUACUACCUGUGUCUGCAGCUGAGGGACGACAUCCUGUCGGGCCGCCUGCCCUGCUCCUUCGUCACGCACGCGCUCCUGGGCUCCUACGCCGUGCAGGCCGAGCUGGGCGACUACGAUCACGACGAGCACGGGGCCGACUACGUCAGCGACUUCCGCUUCGCCCCCAACCAGACACGCGAGCUGGAGGAGAGGGUGAUGGAGCUGCACCGCAACUACAGGGGAAUGACUCCUGCAGAAGCAGAAAUUAACUUCCUGGAGAAUGCCAAGAAGCUGUCCAUGUACGGGGUGGACCUCCACCACGCCAAGGACUCUGAAGGGAUCGACAUCAUGCUGGGAGUGUGUGCCAACGGGCUGCUCAUAUACCGGGAUCGCCUGCGGAUCAACCGCUUUGCCUGGCCCAAAAUCCUCAAAAUCUCCUACAAGAGGAGCAACUUCUACAUCAAGAUCCGUCCAGGAGAGUAUGAGCAGUUUGAGAGUACCAUCGGCUUCAAGCUACCCAACCACCGAGCCGCGAAGAGGCUGUGGAAGGUCUGCAUUGAGCACCACACCUUCUUCAGGCUGGUGUCUCCAGAACCUCCUCCUAAAGGCUUUUUGGUGAUGGGCUCCAAGUUCCGCUACAGCGGUCGUACGCAAGCCCAGACCCGGCAAGCUAGCGCUCUGAUUGAUCGCCCCGCGCCGCAUUUCGAGCGCUCCGCCAGCAAGAGGUACCUGCUGUCCCGCAGCCUGGAUGGAGAAUUGUCCCGCUCAGCCUCUGUCCUCGGCGAGAACCAGGACGGCCUAUCCCAGCGCAGCAGCAGCGAACGGCAGCCCCGCCCCUCCGGGGACGAGGAGGGUGACAUGCUGGACCAGACCUUCAUCCAAGACCAGGACGGGAUCCAGGACGAGAACCAGGAGGGCCCCAUCACUCCCACCAAGAAGAGGGAACUGAAGAGUGAAGAGCUGCCAACUGAUGGGGUCAAACAGGAGAGGGAGGAUACUGAGUCACCAAUUGACUCUAAACAGGAGUUGGACCAGGACUCCACCCCUCGACACAAGGAGUUCCUGGAUAAGUCUGAGGAUGUCCUCCUGAAGCACCAGGCCAGUAUCAACGAGCUGAAGCGAGCCCUGAGGGAGCCCAACAGCAAGCUAAUGCACCGGGAAAAGCGCCUCUCCAGCUCCUCUCCCGAAAAACGCCUGUCGGGCACCUCCCCGGGAGGCACGCCCGAGAGGAAGGCUGUGUCGGGACGAACAGGGGAUAAGGACCCUGUGAGCGGCCACACUCUGGAGGGCUUCAUCCAGAAGACUGUGGUGGCAUCUCCAGAGGGCUCUGAGGAGUGGGUUUUGAUUGAGAAACAAGAGACUAGCGAAAGCGACCAUGAAUCAAAUGAGGAAAAUGAUGUUACGUCUCCACAGCCAGUAAUGGCUGAUUCAAUGUGGGAAAGAAGGGGAGAAACUGAAAGGGAGCGAGAAGUCCUCAGAAUGAUUCACAUCGAGGUGACCAGAGAGGAUGGCCAGGAAACAAGACUGCAGAUGGACAACUUUCCAUCGGCAGAUACACAAAAGUCACGAGCUAGCACUCGUCCAGUGGACGACUCCCCAGCCACAGCCAUGGAGAUAAAGGGGCAACAACCAUACAGAGUCCACAGGGAGAGGAGGCCUCAGAGCCUGAACCUUGGAAUGUCGACGGAAUUUGUGUACGAGAUAGAUGGGGAGGGGUCUGAUGGCGAGGACGAGUCCGACAGUGACAGAGGGCACUCUCCCUCAAGGACAGAGCAAGAGGAGGUCCAAACUGAAGACCAAAGGCCUGAAGAAGCUAGUCUCAGUGACAAGAUGGCGGCCGUCUCUGCAGUUCUGCAGGAUAAGUACAGUGAUGGCAACAUGGGAGAAGCCAAGAGGACGAUCAAAAAUGUAGAAGAAGAGGAAGAGGCUUCUUCUCAGGGAAAGCUUGUCUCCAUUAGCACAGAGAAGCCUACAGAGCGCAAAGGUGUGGAAGACAAACCAGCGGCUGAAGAUAGGGGCUCUGCAAAUGGUCCUCUGGAAGUAGAGGAGAAGCAGGAAGUGCUCCUGGUGGCCAUGGAAAUACAAGAGGAGGGAGCAGAACAGAACCAGCAGUCAGCAAAGCCUGUUGUACAUGGAAACCUUGGUAGUACAUCACCACCUGCAACACUGUCUGAAUACACAGAACAAAUAAGACAAGAGACAAUACAGACAGAAACGAGUAACGGGACGCUUCCAAAUUUAGACGCGGCCAAGCAAAAUAAGCCUGAUGGUGACGGACAGAGAACUGGCACAGCGGAAGGGGCUAAGCCGGACAAAGCUGAGAGAAGGCCCAAUCACAAACCGACUGGGAUUAAUCAUUCAGAAAUAACCCGAAUCGUGCCCCUGAAACCCGAGCGUUCAAAAAGCGUAAGCAGUUGCAAGGAAGACAAGGCCAAGUCUAUUCAACGUGCAGACACUUGUGCUGAGAACACUGGGACUAGAAUAGAGGACAGCCAAGGGGAGGAAUCAGGAGACAGACUAUCUUACAACAAGAAGAUCGAUGAAGUGUUCCCUGCCCCUCCUCUACCAUUCUCAGAUCCGGCGCCCACCCGCACUGAAACUCAGGAAUCAACCUUUUGGCGAACCGAUGAAGACGCUGAGUUUCUCCAGCGUUUAGCGGAACAAGAGCUACAGGCUACAUGGAACCUGGCUAAAGGUAUUAGUCCAAUAGAAGAUGUGUUGCUCAAGCAAGACAAGCCAGCCCGUGAAGAUCCCUCUCAGACAAACAGGUCAUCCCAUCCCUUUGGCUCGAAGGCUUCAACAUCCCACAGAAACGCUCCCCCCACACCCCCCGUCAAAACCCAGAAAGCCAGAGAGUCCGGACUCAUACUACGGAACAGCCGAAUUGCCAGCAAGGACCCUAACCUGGACGCCAAGAAGAGACAUUCGGAGCCCCUGUCCACUCCCGCCAUUCACGAAGAGCCGCUAGAUGAAGCCCAGAGAGAGCCCUGGGAGAGGCGACCGGGCUCCGCCUCGGAGGACGACCAGGACCGCGAGACCCUCUACAUGAAGGAGACCCACCUGGGCAUCGAGCGCAAGUGCUCCAGCAUCACGGUCAGCUCCACCUCCAGCCUGGAGGCCGAGGUGGACUUCACCGUCAUCAUGGACCUCCACACGGGCAUGGAGGAGUUCUCCAAGGGCAUGACCGAGCUGGGCGAGAGGGACCACGUGCCCGAGGUGGGGCGCGACGACUUCGAGGAGACCUCGCGCUUCUACUCCGCCCGCCUCAUGGCCAUGCAGGACAAGUCCCCAGUGGAGGACAGACCCCUCGAUGAGCGUGUGCCCUAUGAGCCCCCCGUUGCCAGGAAAGACGCCAGUGCUGUGAGUGCUGCCCAGCUGCUGAAGAGGACCGACUCCAAAACAGAGACACAACCCAACGGUGCGGAGGUGACCACCACCAUCAUGGAGUUCUCAGGACAGAUUCAGACUGAUUUCAACUGCCAGGACCCCCAAGUCCCCUGCGCUGAUGUCAUACUACCAGCAGAGGGCGACCUGAGCCACCGUGUGAGCAGUGGAAAAGAGGCUCCUCCACCCAGCUCUGAGAGCGGCUCACCCGGGAGGAUGGGCUCUCUGGGGAGGGAGGCCGCUGUGUCCCCGCUGACUGUCACCACGGAAAACGUUACCUCAGCAACCACAACGCAUGUUACCAAGACAGUGAAAGGAGGGUACUCAGAGACCAGGAUCGAGAAGAGAAUCAUCAUCACUGGGGACGACGAUGUGGACCAGGACCAGGCUCUAGCAAUGGCAAUACAGGAGGCCAAGCACCAGCACCCUGACAUGCUGGUUACCAAGGCAGUGGUUGUCAGGGAAACAGAAUCUUCCUCUGAAGAGAAAUACAGGAAAUCUGAGUCCUGAUCUCUCUCUCCUCGGCCCCUGCGUCGGCCCCUGCGUCGGCCCCUGGGAGUGGGGACAGCCUGGCCUGACCACUGCCGCGGGUCCCCCACCACCCACCCCCCACCCCAAAUCCACCAUCCACCCCCUCCCUCUGCUGCUCAUACCACAGGACCACCAGGCCUCCACCCGUCUCUGUUUCCACCAAACACAACUCCUCUCCUGCCCUUCCUGCUAAAACUGACUGUGUGAGGGCCUGAACUCCCCCUCCUCCCUCUCCAAACCUCCCCGACCCACCUCCAUUCCCUCCAGCAUGGCCUCCCAGCGUCCUGCUGAAACAGAAUCCUCAGAUGUUUUUCGGUUCCUCCUAUCCCCAGAAAACCAAACCCCCCACCCCCCACCCCCAAAAAAAACAAACAAACUCACUUGUAUGUAUUUUACGUAGAUGUGGUGAAUGGCAUUCUGUUUAAUUGCACUAUGUUUAGUAUUGAGGGAUGGCUCUGGGUUCAAAUGACCCCCUCCUAUUGUAUAAUGCUCUUCUUGAACGGCUCCUAGAAAAGCGGUGCAGCCGAGCUCCCCCAUGACAGAGCGCUCGCCCUUCUUCAAUCCGCCUUGUACAGUUAAACUGGGUGACAUCAUCAUCCUGACGCGAUUCAUUGGUUGGCUCCCUGCGAUAUAUAAUUGGUAUAGGUGCAACUCCAACCAGUUUUUUUUUUUUUGUGUUUUGAAGAAGAACGCAUGACAGGGCGUUUCAGAAUCCCUUAAUCCCGCAGAGUAAAUGUACAGAGGUGGCUUCCCCAUCUGCCCGGUCCAUGCUGAUGACACAUAUGAAGUGUGGGAUCUGAUUGGGGGAGGGGAGGGGAGGGGGUGGAGUCUGCAGCGAUGGCCAGCCUUUACCGCUCGCCGGAUUCCACAGCAGUCUUAUUAGCUUUUUAAACAUUUUUAAUAAUAGAAGAUCAGACUUAUGUCCAGUGUUUUUGCUCGUUCAUGAAAAUAAAAAAAAACAUACUAUGUAUCGAUUUAGAUUCGCAAAACGUGUAUGCAUGUGUGAUAGCAAAUGUAAAAUAGUCGAGAGGACGAUACCGAAACAAAAUGGCGGAAGGUCCCGGAAGCUCGCGAGGUGCGCUCGGAGGACGUAACCCCGCCUGCUGGGCCGCGUUGGAGGGCUGGACUCUGAGUCAUACGGAGCAGAGGGAGGAACGCCACAUGACGAACAGGAAACGGACAGCUCUCACGACGGCGUGGCACGGAGCGAAACCCCCUUCAGUCGCUCCGCCUGCACGCUGCACACUCUGGCUCAUCGGCUAAUGAAAACAUUACUUCUACUAUCUUUACAUUACAGGCUUUAUUCCAAAAAAACAACCACGAAAAAAAACAAAAAACAAAUCUGGGAUCCUCUUUCUAAGUCCUCCCGCCCACCCCUCCUCCGAGCCCAUGAGUGGCAACUUGUCAUGUUUCUUCCCAAAAUCGACCCUUUCAUCUUUUUGCUACCAUGUUCAAUCAAUACCGUAGUCAUUUUGUAAUCGGUACAAUCAGAUCACUAAAGCAAACGGUUCUCCUAUAAGCGUUUUAUUCAUUCAUUUUGAAAUGUGAGAAUAUGAUUUUCUUUUUUUUUUUCUGUUUGAAUUUUACUUCCAGAUAUUUUUAAGUUAUGGUGUAUGAAUUUGACAGUUGUAUUUAUAAGAAUGGUGAAUGUGAGACGUGAGGGUUUCCCUCCCUGAAGGAGAGUGCCGCCUGUUUUCUGGUUCCAUUUUGAGACAGAGCCUGGGCAGACUGAAAGAGGGCCUGAACCCUGUCCUCGCUUGUGGGGUAACAUGGGUGAAACCACACACUCCAGAGUCUCUGGUGUACAGCACUGUGUGAGGCUUCAUGUGUGAGCUCACUCAGUUCUCCGCUGAGAUACAUAAACACAUUAAUCACAGUGCUUUAGCAGAAAAGCUACAUGCACUUUAACCGGACUGAUGUCAAAUGUGUGAAGCAACAACAACAAAAACAAACCCGGCCAUGCUGUACAUGCAAUAUCUUGCUGUUACUUGAAUGUGUGUGAAACA